UGGAAUUAGAGGGCAGGAAUGCUGGCUAACAUCAUAGUUUUUCAUGCUUUACUUAAGGGUGGAAAAGCCCUCUAGGGACCUCCUCCAGCACAAGUUAUCCAUCCAGUGCAUAUGUCUAGGGACAGGGCGUGACAGAGGCACAUUCUUUUCAUUCGGAGGACAGGUGAGCUGAGUUGCCGGUUACUUACACACCACUUGUUGUACACAACAGUCGCUCAGCUGCCCCAGUUCACACAGGACAGAUUGCCAGUAGCAGAGUUUGUGAGCAAGAGAACAGGCUGAUGGGCGACAAACGAAAGAUGAGGGUCAGGCGUGUAUGUGCGGUAAUAUUCACUACUAUGUUGGCCUGCUGUUUGGAGAUAACAGAUGCUGAGGUUACCCUGACACCGUCUGAAGCAAAUGUCACUAUUGAUAGUGGUGGCACUAACUUUCCACCUGUGGAAUUCAGUGACCUGAAAGAAAAUGCAUCUAAUAAGUCAAUCUCAACCAAAGACUUUGACUCGACACAAAGCCUUUUGAAUCUUUCCAUAGCCUUCUUCCAUGGUGAUGCUCAGAACUCAACAGAAGUUGGUGCCUCCCAAGACGCCAUUUUUAACACAAGCCUCACAGAUGGAGUUGAGUUUUUGCAGGAAAACCACAGCACUACAGAAUUGACUACUCCUGAAAGCAAAGAAAAAGGCAAUGUAAUCUGUGUAUUGUUCUACAAGAUAUGGAAUCAUGGCAAGCUGGGAAAUGCCUCCACUGAUUAUUUUACUCAACACGGGGAAGAAGAAUAUGAAGCCAGAAAGGAUUUUGGAGCCUACAGACUGCUGGCCUUGUUUCUGGGAAUGGCAGGGGUGCUGGCCUGCCUGUUAAUACUUGUCUACUGCAUCUACAACCGGCAGCGCAAGGAGGAAAUGUUUUCCCACCGCAGACUCUACGAUGAAGGUUUUGAAGAUCCAGUUCUGCAUCUCGACACCCCAAUGGACCACUAUGACUUCUUCUCCUUCAAAGAGUUCGACACAAUGACACCCGCCCUUAAAGAACAGAACACUGAAGAGCAGAAGAACGCUGGUUACUCAUCAAAAGGAGACUACAAAGUAGAUGUGCCCAAAGGCACCUCCUCAAACGAGCACUUGAGGCAAAUUUUUCAGUUGGGACCCCUUAAGCUUAUGUAGGGUCUCUCCUUUGGCUUCAAAAAGUUUUCUGUUGAAAAAUUUGUGUUAAUUAGAAAUAUGAUGGGCAUUUUACAAUUGUCAACUGUCAGUGUGCCCAUAGCCGUUCCUUUUCAGUUCUGUGCUGGUCAUUGCUCUCAUUAUGUGCCCAUAGUUGUUCAUGUUAGCCCUGCUAUUGGCAUCUUUGGUUUCAUAUGGUCAUGGAACUCCUCAGUGACUUCUAAUUGUCUUAUAAAUAACAGUCAGGGUACAUUAUCCUAUAUGAUUAAAUAAAGUAUAGCAGUGAAUUAUAUAUAUAUAUCUAAAAAGCCUUAUACAGAACAAUGCUUAUAUGCUCACAUAAAUUACUUGGUAGUGGUAGGGGAAACCUGUUUACAUUCUUUAAAGGAAAUACUUGUAAAUAUAUUUAGGAUAAAAGCCAUAUGGACCCAUAAAUUAGUAACACAUACAUAAAGGUAUGGGACCUGUUAUCCAGAAUACCUGGGAUUUUCCCGAUUUGGAUCACCAUACUUUAAGAGGCACAUUAAUCAAAGGUCGAAUUUCGAUUUCAAGUGAGUUUUUAAAAAUUACCCUAAACUCCUAUAAAUUUGAAAUUCGACCAAUCAAAAUGUAGUAUUAUUAUUAAGAUUUAUUAAAAUUUAUUGUAAUCAAAUUUUUUAAACUGUGAUGAAUGCAAUCGACCCGAAAGCUGGAAUCAAAUUCAAAUUCAAUUCGAGUUUUUUCUUUGAAAAAAAUUAGAAUGUCAGGAAGGCUGCAGACAACUCCAAAUUGAUCCCUGGACCUCUCCCACUUGGGCAGGUUUUAGGUGGCAAAUAGUCGAUUUGAUUUCUUAAAAGGCCAGAGUAAAAAAAAUCUCAAAAAUCAAAUGAAAGUUUAAAAAAAAAACUCAAAUCAAAUUUGAAUAACUCCCUAGUCGAGUCUGACAGUUUUUACCAGAAAAACACUCAUUUUCAAUUCGGCUCAUAAAUCUGCCCCUAAGUCUACUAAAAAAAAUGUAAACAUUAAAUAAACCCAAUAGGCUGGUUUUGCUUCCAAUAAGGAUUAAUUAUAUCUUAGUUUGGAUCCACUACAACAGUGAUC